AUGGUUUGCCUACUCCGCAGCUACAAGCUCGUUUUAGUCAAUAUCCUACUUGCCUAUGUCACGCUUCUAGCCUUCUGGAAGUGUCCUUCCGAUGGCAACUACUCUGGCUUGUGUCCCGCUAUCUUGCACGGCAAAACCGCCAUCCAAUCUCACGAGCUCUAUGCCAAACACGUUGAGCCGUUGGUCCAACAGGCUACGCCGUUUGUGACGACGCAGCUUCAGAACGGUCAGGUCGUGUUUCAACAGGUCCAAGCCCACUAUGAUGCGCACUGGAGCGAGAAGAUGAAGCCGUAUGUGGCGCACUACUACGUUUUUGUCAAUAGUAUUACUGCGCGUCUGGGAGAAAUCACCAAGGGUUUUGCACCGGUGCAGUCUUUCUUUGUUGAUGUGCUUUCUCCAUACUCCCAGAAAUCGUGGCACAAGGCUAAUCAGUUCUAUCGUAACCACUUGGCCGAAAAGGUGUUGCUCGCCAGGGUCCAUACCACCCGGCUUUUCUGCACCUACAAGCCUGUGGUCAUCAAGCACUCCACAUUUGUCCUCUCCAAAGCCCAGAUCCACGCCGUAAGAAUUUUUCACGUUGCGCAGCUGAAGCUGCAACGGGCUUACACCACUGCCUCUGCCUACACCAGAAGUCGGAUCUUGCCUCAGGUACACUCCACCUUCCACCAGUCCAUCAAGCCUGUCGCGGUGAAUAUCUACCAGCUCCACCUUCGCACCAAUGUCAUUCGUUUCUACUACUUUGCAAAAUUGGAUGUUGUUGAUGCCUUUGUCUGUGCGCAGUACGCAGAGUUUCUUAAGACUCCACUUGGCCAACACUUUGUCAGAUUCUUCCAGUAUGUCAAACAGCAGUCGCACGAUUACAAGGCAGUCAUGGAGCAGAAGCAGCACUUUUUGAAGGAGGAGUUUCACAGUUUUGUCGCCAAGCACUCGGAGGGGACGACCCAGCGCCACCACCGGGUUAACUUGAGCUUCUUAAACAACAUCAUUGAUAAUAUCAACUACUACCAGGCGGAAAUGGCUGACGAUGCCAGAGGUCUCUUUGGUAAGAUUUCCGGUGCCGUCGAGGCCGUCGCGGAAAACUACUACAAGCCUGCCAGUGCUGAAAGUGAAAUUGUAUUUGAAACAUCCGAGGCUGUCUCUGAGACUUUUGCUUCCAGCGUAUCUGCUACUGAGUUUGUUGAAUCUGCUGAAACGGUCAUUAAAACUACUGAAGCAUCGGUUGAAUCAGCCACUGAGGUUGCUGAAACCGCCGAGCAAACCGUUGAAGUCGCUGGAACUGCAUCUGAAAACGAUGAAGUAGUUGAAACUGCGUCUGAAAACGAUGAAACCAUUGAAGCUGUAUCUGAAGACUCUCCGGAAUUGUCUGACGAUAACUCUGACAAUUCUGAUCCAGACUCUGAGGAUGAAUUAGGACCAAUAGAGACCCGGACCCUCACAGUCACUGCCACCAGCACCCUCGAUGCUACCGGCACGGAAGUAGUGCCAGUCCAAGAGAAAAACGUUGUUCCAGACGAGGAUGUCAAUAUCAAGCGCGAGAUUGAACAAUGGAAGGCCUCGGUCAUCGAUAUCAGCCAGUCCUCCAUUGCCGACUUACAGAAAAGCAUCAGCGAGUUUGCGGAGGAAGUUUUGAAGGAAAUCAAGCCGGUGAUCACCCAGCACUUGCAAAACAUCCAAAAUGGCUCCAAGGUCUACUACAAACAAUUGAACGAAAUGAUCUUGAAGAUUGAGUCGGACAACCUUGACCCUAGCGAGCGCCAGGUGUCUAGACAAGAUGCCAGAGAUGUGUUUGCUGCGGCCCACGAGAAUCGCGACACCAACUCAGAUAGCGUCAAGCUGCUCUUGAGCGAAAAGACAUCCCUCCUUCAAAACAAGAUUAACACAGAGAAGCAAAUCUCCAUUGAUGUAUUGGAAAACUUCAGUGAGGUGUCCACACAGCAGUUCCUGUCCAACUUGGUCAACACCUACGGGAACAAGUGGGAGGACUGGAAGCAGUUCUAUGCCAUCAAGAACUUUUUGUUCGACGUCAGAGACGAGUUGUUUAACUUUGAUGCCGACUUGGUUGUGUUUGAGAGAUAUUUGCAGGAGGUGCAACACACAUUGCACUAUGUUUUGAACGAAAGCGGCGAGUACUUGGCGAUUUUGAGGGCCAAGGCCAACUUGCAGUUUCAGCUUAGGGAGGAGAGAGAGCGCAAGAGAGACGAAGCCGAGUCCCUCGCCGCUACCAAAGCGGCUGCCGACGCAUCCGCCGUCUUAGAAGCUGAGUCUGACUCCGAGGAGGAAUUUGAAACUAUCUACAACGUUAAUGUGGAGACUGUCACUAUUUCAGACUCAGAUGAGAGUGCUGAUGCUACUAAGGACACCGAGGCUGUUGAGGAGGAGACCAAGGCUGUUGAGGAGGACUCUGAGGGCUCUGAGGACUCUGAGGAAUCUGAGGAAUCUGAGGAAUCUGGAGAGGACGAAUCUGGGGAGGACGAAUCUGACAACGAAGAGCCAACUGAAAUCUCCGAAUCGGCUGAAGCUGUUGUCGAGGCUGAGCUGCCGAUCGUGCCAGACGAGCCUGUCGCCGACAGGGAAACCACAGAUCAGCAAGAUUCUGAACAAGUUAUAUUUUCAGAAGCUGACGAUGGAGACUCUGAAGAUAUUGAGAAGGUGCUUGCGGAGGAAUCUGAGGAAUCCGAAGGAUCUGAGGAAUUUAGGGAGGAGUCCGAUGAUACUGGAGAAUCUGAAGCCGAAGAUGAAGCUAAGUCCGAGACGUUGGCUGAGCAAUAGCUAACUGUCCCCUUUUUGUACCCACCCCUGUUUCUAUAAAUUUUAUUUUCGUUUCCAUGGUUUAACUAUUUGACAAUCUACUUAUAUACCCUAACCUGACUAACCCACUUUAGUUCAACCUUGAGUGAACUUCCAAGCUUGGAACACUGUAAAAACUCAGCUCGAACGCCAACUGGCCCCACGCCUGUAGUCCAGGGUUGAAUGUUGUGGCUCUCAGGCUACUAUAACCAUACAACUUUUACAAAGCUAAGAAACAUAAUUAUUCACCAUGCAAACCCCUCUGAUUUCUUU